AUGAGUGACUAUUCAUCGUUGAAAGUGGCUGAUUUGAAGGCCGAAUGCAAGAGGCGCGGCGUCUCUCAGGCUGGCCUCCGCCUCAAGCAGCAAUUCAUUGACAAAUUGAUUGAGCUUGACUCACAGACAAACCAGGUUACAACUGCAGAAACAACUCCAGCAGAAGAAUCCACCGCAUCACAGCCAUCUGCGCCGGAUGCUGUUUCGCAAGCGACGUCGCAGCCCGAACAACCAGAGAACGAACAGCUUGAACAAGGAAAGGAUGAAUCAAUCUCACAUAUUGGUGAAAUAACAGCACCCGUUUCAGUGUCAGAGCAAGCUCAAAAUGGACACACGCAGGCAGAUGAGCCGACCCAAGCAGAUGAAGUUUCGGCAGCAGAUGGGAAAUCGCAAAAAGUUGAAGACGUCGCAAAGCCUGCCGAGACACAAACAGAGACAAUUAGCCCUAAGGAUCACAGUGUUGCAGCCGCAUCUUCCCAGCCACCAAUGGAAGAAGCAACCCAAGAUGCGAAGAACGAGGACCCUGCGAACGCUCACGAAAAACCGAUCUCCACUGCCCAGACUUCUGAGACUGACACGGCAUCUCUCCCAGUAGAAGAGGCAUUGGAGGAUACACGCAAACGGAAACGCCGCAGUCAGAGCCCGGCUCCUAGUCUAGAGGAGAUUGCGAACAAGAAGGCUCGCGCAAAGGAAACAACCCCCCGCGCGUUGCUGAAAGACGAUGAGGUGUCUGCUUCUCGCGACGAGGCGCUCGGCGAUUUGAAGCCUGAAGACCAGAUUUCAACAGAGAACCACACAGACAAGCAACCUAUCGAGACCCAAACAGAUUCACACAAAACUCCCACCAAGCAAGAUGCUCGGUUCCGCAACCUAUUUGCACCUACCAGUGCAUCCUCUCAACUCACCUCUCCCCCGGGAGAUAUUACAAUGCAAGAUGUAGAAAUAACCCCUGCGUUGCACCCUGCAACUUCUGCCCUCUACAUCGACGGCCUCAUGCGCCCACUCCAGCCGACUGCACUCCGCAAACACCUAGCCAGCCUCACUUCCACCCCCGGAACCCCCGAUUCCGAUGAUAUUAUUGAUUUCUAUCUUGAUGCUAUCAAAACUCACUGUUUUGUAAGCUUCACCAGUAUCGCGGCCGCCUCGCGGGUUCGUUCCGCCGUCCAAGGGACUGUGUGGCCCAACGAGCGCAACCGCAAGAGCCUUCGAGCCGAUUUUAUCCCUGACGAGAAGAUCAAGGAAUGGAUUCAGACUGAAGAGAAAUCCCGAGACCGCGCUGGCGCUGCUGCCCGUUGGGAAGUGAGAUAUGAGACCACUGAUGACGGAACUACGGCUACCCUCGCCGAGGUGGGCUCCACUCCCUCUGGACGACGUGAAUCAGGUUUCAAUCGUACUCCUCCCUUGGGCCCGCGCCGUGAUAUGGAACAAUAUGGCCGUCGCCCCUCAUAUGCGCCUCCCGCGGCUCCCGCGGCUCCUGUCGCUCCUGUGGCCCCUGUGGCUCCCGCACCCUCGUCACGACCUGGACAGGGCUUCAAGCCUCUGGAUGAAUUGUUCGAAUCUACCACCACCAAACCCAAGCUGUACUACCUUCCCGUUCCACGUCCCGUUGCCGACAAACGUCUGGACCAAUUUGAUGAGCUGAUUAAGAAGGGAACAUUCCCACGUCCUGGUGGCGACGAGAUGCGGCGAAUUACUUUCGAAGCAGAGGAUAAGUUCAUCGACAUCGGCCCCGAACGAUUUGGACCUGGACCUCGUGGACGUGGACGUGGACGUGGACGUGGCGGACGGCGUGGGGAUUCCUGGCGGUCUUGA